AUGACAGGGCCUGAGCAUGAUCACGACCAUGUGCCAGGGACAGUCUGUCUUGUCGACGUUGGCGGCCACGUAUCAUCCAGUGUUCACGACGCCUCCCACAAAGACAUUGUCCUGGUCCCUCGCCCGAGCACGGACCCCAAUGACCCGUUGAACUGGACGUACCGCCGCAAGCUCCUCGCCGUCAGCAUGGCGUACCUUUACGUCCUGGGCACUGGCAUCGCGACAUCACUCCAGUACUCUGUGCUCGCGGACAUCACAGCGGAUACUGGUAUCUCGACGGCCAACCUGGUACAGGGCACUGGCCUCAUGUUCCUGUUCUUUGGCUGGGCGUGUCUGGUCUGGCAGCCAGUUGCCCUCACAUACGGACGUCGCGGUAUAUAUCUCAUCACCAUGCUUCUCACAGUGCCGAUGAUGGUAUGGACCGCAUACUCCUCCUCUGCCGGCGAGUGGUUCGCCCACCGCGUGUUGAUCGGCAUCAUCGUCUCGCCAAUCGAGUCCCUGUGCGAGGUGACCGUCUUUGAUCUCUUCUUUGCCCACAACCGCGGGACGUACAUGGGACUGUACGUCUUCAUCUUGUUUGGGUCCAACUUCCUCGCACCGCUUGUGGCCGGAUGGUUCAAUGAUGCCUACGGCUGGCGAUGGACUAUGCAUUUCGGAGCCAUUGUCUGCGCCGUGUGCUUUGUGGUCAUGUUCUUCUUCAUGGAGGAGACGAUUUACUUUCGCGACAGCUCCAUCGAGGGCGAGAACCCAGGUGCUGGUGUUUCCGCGCGUCAGAGCGUGGUGGGAAAUGAUGACAAGACAACUUCAGAUAAGGAAGCCCCGACGACAGCAACUGGAGCAACUUCAUCCACGCGCUCCGUCACCGCGUAUCGAAAUAUCAACGCAGGAUGGAGCAGCUAUGGACUUUUCAAAGUCCUGCCGGGGCGACCUACCAACCUCGACAUGCUGCGAAUGACCUACCGACCCAUCCUCAUGAUCUUUCGAUUCCCCACCGUCGCGUGGGCCGGGUUUCUCUACGGCAUCAACCUGGCAUGGUACAACGUUCUGAACGGGACUGCGAGCCCUGUUCUGAGCGGAGCGCCCUACAACUGGUCGGCGGCCCAGGUCGGCUGCGUCUACGCCGGUCCCAUUAUCGGCGCCGCCAUCGCGUCGCUCUGGUCUGGCAACGCGGCCGACUGGAUCGCGCUGCAGCUCGCGCGGAGAAACAUGGGCAUUCGCGAGCCAGAGCAACGUCUCUGGGUCCUCGCCGUAUCCGGUGUGGUGUCCGCCGCUGGCCUCAUCACUUGGGGUGUCGGGGCCUACCAUCAAGUGCACUGGGUCGGCCUUGUCUUUGGGCUGGGAAUGCUGACAUUUGGCUGCGUGGCAGGUGGUUCGAUCGCGGUGAGCUACAACGUCGACUGCUUCAAGGAGAUUGCGGGAGAGACGACCGUGUCCGUCAUGCUGAUCCGUAACACGAUCGGAUUUGGAUUCAGCUACGCCAUCACGCCGUGGUGGACGACGCAGGGGCUGCAGAACUGCUUCAUAACGGCCGCGAUGAUCUCGCUGGCUUGCACAUGCUCGUUCCUCGUCGUGAUUGUGUACGGCAAGCGAAUCCGGCGAUGGUCUACUGGCGCCUACCAGGAGUAUAUGGCGACGGCGGUGAUUGCGCAGGAGUAG